AUGAAUAAUUUAUAUUCAUAUCAUGCACCUGUUAGAGGCUAUGCGAGCAAAAAAGGCAAUAAGAAGAUCAUGGCCUCAUCAUUUGACAGCAAUGUUGCUGAGGGAAUUGUUGAUGUCGAAAAACUAACGUCUAGCAUGGAGACAGAGACAAAUCUUAUAUUUUCAGCAUUUUUCGACAAUAUCAAAAUAACGUCUGGAAAACGUAAAACAUCUCUUGGAAAUGUAGCCAUCAUUCAAAAUAAAGAUGACAAGUAUAUUUUGGAUCUUGCUUUAUCACCAAAUCUGACUCUAUCUGUAAUGAAGACUUUGAAUGACAAAUCUAUCUUCAGUCCAACACUGGAAGGAAAUAAAAUCACAGUUACUGUACCAUGGCUAACGAUGGAAUUGCGCCAUGAUUUAGUAAAAUCUGCAAAAGGUUUGAGUAAAGAGGCGAAGAUUGGGAUAAGAAAAAUGCGUCAAAAAGGAAUGAAUGAUGUACUUAAACAAAGGAAAGAAAUCUCUCAAGAUGAUGCUAGGAUGCUUGAGAAUCAUAUUCAGUUCUUAACUGAUAACUAUGUUAAACAAGUUGACGACAUUUUACGGGAGAAAUCUAAAGAGUUAUUGCUGAGGUGAAAGAACAUUAACAAACCAGUAAAACAUGUCGUGAGCGUUUCUAUUAAUAAUAUCCGUAAAACAAGAGCCAUUUAUGGAAAGUGGUAGCUAAAAGAGCCCGCUUUCAUUGGCUCAGAAGCAUUUUUGGCGGUCUAUUUAAACGUAAUUUCACCGAAAGAGAAUUUAGAAUUUCGACAAAAAUGGCAGAAGUUUUUUAAAACGCCAAUUGCAAGAUAAAAAAGCCUGCGCGUACGAAUGUGAUUCGGAGUAGCUAAGAACACCGGCAUCUGAGUUUUCAUUUAUAAUGCAAGCAUUUCAAAAAAUAAUAAAUGCAUGUCCGGUUUUUUCAAGUAGCUAAAACGUUUUAAAUCAUAUUAAACUCUUUAUAAACAUCGCUUGCUUGCUCUUUACCGUGAAAUAUCGAACCUCUGUCUUUUGGUGAAUAUCUCACCCUAUGUGAUCGAUCUUUACAAAUGGAGAUGAGUCAGAUAUUUCUCCAAGCGUUUGGUUGGUAAAGGCUUAAAAGGACCAAUAUAUGUUAAUGGAUAUCUCAAUUAAGGGAGCCAAUUGUUAUAGUUCUAGCCAUUGAGUUUAUUUUCUAUGUUGACGAUCGGCAUUCACAAGUCUCAAGAUUAAAUAUCUAUAAUGAUUA